AUGCUGGCCAAGUUCAUCAAUAUCCAUCUGUUAGCGUGUCUAAUCUGGCACGCCCAUGGGAAAUACGAGUUCCUCGAUCGAAACAACUCCCAACAGAUCGAGACGAUCGUUUCCUGCGUGAACGAUACCGCGAGGAGACUGUUCAACCCUGAGAGGAGGAUCGACUUGAUAGCCCACGGGACAGGGACCUUGAUGGAUAAGAUUGUUAAGGUCUUUUCCAAGGACUCGACCGUUCUGAUUGCUACCCGAAUGCUGUUGAUGAUGAACGAACGUAUACCGAGUUACGUAGUGAUCGAGACGGACGGGUUACGCGGCACCCGAGGAAUGCUGCUACCGGCUGCACCGAUGCAAACCACGCUGCAGUACCUGAUCGUUACCAGGACCGGAAACGACGACGUGCUCUCGUUCGCCAUAGAUUUGCGGAACGCCGGCUAUCGGGACAUCGCGUUCCUGGUGUUCGAUCGCGGACCGUUCGGGACGGUGAUCCGUGCGAAUCAGACAGGCAAGGAGAUUACAGCGAGAUCCGUGGGAUCCUGCAGUCCGGUCCACAGCGACGUCCACAGGAUUCCAGCGUUCGCGACGGAUACCCGACGCUACUGUCCAUCGGGCGGAUGCUCCGUCAAGUACGGAAUGGUAGCGGACGAGACGGUCAAGUUCUGGCGCAAAGAGGACACGGUCAGGGUGACGGGUAACGAGAGCCUGCGAGCUGUAGGCGCGCUGCUGGUGGAGCACUUCGGGGAUUACUACAACAUCGGCGUCGACUCGAGCGCCGGGAACAGUAUGCCAUGGUCGGACGCGAUCGCGAAGCUCAUUAGCCGCGACAUAGACGUUGUAAUUGGUCCGCGGCCAGCGGACUUGGCCGUCUUUCACGACAUGGAGAUCGUCUGCUGGUACAUGUACAGGAACAUGGUGUUCGCCGGCUUGGUCAAGUUCAAGACCGUGCAGACCGGCGUCCUGCUGCUGCUGACGCCGUUCCACUAUCUCGUCUGGCUGUGCGUGCUCCUCCUUCUGAUGGUCUACGUUCCGUUGUUGCUGGCGCUGCGCAAACUGUCCGGCAUGGGGCUGAUCAAGGAACGAGUCCCGUUCGAGUACGUCUCCUCGAUCAUGCUCUCGCAGAGCGUCGCGCUCCCGAGAAAAUUCGGGCUGAGGCUGGUGCUGCUCCUCUGGAUGGUGUUUUCUCUCUACUUGAGCACAGCUUAUAACAGCACGUUCACCAGCUCGCUGGCGGACGUCGAGACGGAGGUCCUGCUCGGGAAUCUCAAGGAACUACGUGACUCCGGGCAACCACUCGGCGGGCCGGCCGCUAUUCUGUCUUACUUCAACGAUUCCACCGAUAGGGACGUGAGGGAUUUGGGCCGGAGCUACAAAGUGAUGGAACCGGAAGAAGCAGUCGACACGAUGUUCUCGGGAAAGGGACUAACAGUGGUGCAACAGUUCACCGUGGACAGGUUGAACUGGGAUUACAGGAGCAACAAACGCCUCCGGCUGUACAAUAUGCAUAGACCGGUGUUCCGAUUCCCGGCGUUCCUAUAUUCGAGAAAGGGCUACGUUUACCGAAGACCACUGCGGCGACUCGUCACUAGGUACCGAGAGAUCGGCAUGAUACAGAAGCUGGACAACGUGUUCCUGCUCGGCGAGGACAAUCAGAUCGGUUCACAAUCCACUGACGACAUUCUGACCAUAAAGCAUCUGAAACCUAUCUUCGAGAUGUUCUUCAUUUCCCAGGCUAUCUGUCUCUUGAUACUCGUUGUCGAAAUAUUGCAUGUCCGGGUCUUGGAAUCAUGGGACAAUUGAGAUCAUCCGGAAAAUGUGAUUCUCCGUGAAUUUCGGUGACUUUUGGACGCAGCAGAAAUUUUCUGUAUUCGUUUUCAUUGGAGUUCCGUAUUUGUGUGCAGAAGAUAAAUGUACCUAAUAAACAGACACACGCACAGGCGAUGCAAUGAUGUAGUUUUUCUUCCAGCAGUUAAAACGAAUUGGAAAUAAGUGUUAUGAUGUUUUUAAAUUGUUCGAAUGUAUUCAUAGUUUU